ACUAAACUGUUUUUUUGUGAAGCAUUGCAUUUGUUCAUUUUUCUCAUUCUCAUUUUCUUCAUAUGUCACUCUUUUUCUCUAUUCUUCAUCUUUUCAACUUCUCUUCGUUGCUUCGUUUCAGUAAAGCGUCGUCGUUUUGAUUUCGAAGAAAAACACUGUUAUUGUUGUGUAACAGUCGCCUCAUCUAUGAUUUAUAUAUUUUAUAAGAAUAGAUUAGCAAUAUCAUAGACUUCACUGCAGUAUCGAAUGUGAAUUUACACCCACAUUUUGUUGUUAUUUCCCGUUCUAUCCUUUUCUGUGUGUUCGGUGCAAGCUUUUCUGAAGACAUGGCGCCGUGGUGGGGAAAGCUUUCGUCCAAGGAGGUGAAGGAGAAGAAGACAAACCGGGAAAAUAUUUUUGAUAUGAUACAACGAAAAUUUAAAAAGGCUUCAGAAGAGAGGAGCUGCUAUAAAUCAGAAGGAUCUAGGAAACAUCAUAGUAGCACUAUCUCAAAGAAGGGAUCUAGAUCCUUUGGACCUUCAACAAAAUCACCGUCACCGUCUCCAACCGUGUCCCGCUGUCUAAGUUUUGCAGACAAUCAUUAUUCUCGGCCACCCCCAGUGUCGGGCUCGUCCCUUCCUACUGUUAGUAAUGCAAAUUCUGAAAUUAUUUCAACGUCAAAACUGGAAAGAGCCGCAGGAGAUCCUGCACCUAGACCAUCUAUAUAUUUUCCCCUGCCAGAACCUGGUUACCUAACUAUAAGGGGCGAAGUUACAGAUGUGGAAGGAGAUAUAGUCACUGCAUCUGUUUCCUGUGACAGCUCUAUUGAUAGUGGUGACUCGUCUGAUUCACAUCCUGUUAGUCCUCUGGCAUCUGACUGUGAAAAUAGAAACACAGCCACCGUUAACAAUUCUUUCAGUGCGGUGCGCAAAGAUCAAUCACAUAUUACUGUCGAAAGAACCUCAAGAGCACCCUCAAAACCAGCUCAUAAAUUGUGCCACCAUAAACUUUUGUCUACCUCGCCAAAAAGGGUUAAUUUGCCUCUGCAAAUAGGUCGUCCGGGUGGUUUUUGCAGUGCUCCAGAUAGUUCAAAGUCUAGUCCUAGAAGUCCAAUGCGAGCAUUUGGUCCAGAGCAAGUGUUAAACUCAGGAUUAUGUACAGGAAAGCCUUAUCCAGAUAUAGCUUCAGGGCACUGCUCUAGUCCAGGUUCAGGCCAUGAUUCUAGUAAUAAUUCAGUUGGUGGGGAUCUGUCAGCAUUUAGAGCACACAACAAGUGUAGCGCUGAGUGUUCCCCAAUACCUAGUCCCAGAAUGACAAGCCCCGGUCCUGGUUCCAGGAUACAGAGCAAUAAUGUCAGCCCUCUACAUCCAAAAUCUGGAGGUGCCGCAUCAGAGUUUCCUACAAGACGUCCUGAUGUCAUUAAACAACAAAGUCAUCGAUUACCGCUUCCUCCAAUAAAAGUGACUAAAUCUUGUCCAUUUUCUCCAACCUAUUCCGCGUCUUCAACUCCUUCAGCUCCUCGAAGUCCUGCCAGACCAGAAAAUUCAACAAGCCCAGGUUCACGCUGGACAAAAGGGCAGUUGCUUGGAAGGGGAACAUUUGGGCAUGUUUAUCUUGGUUUCAGCAGAGAAAGUGGCGAGAUGUGUGCAAUGAAGGAGGUAACCCUUUUUUCAGAUGACCCUAAAUCACGAGAAUGUGCGCAGCAACUUGGCCAAGAAAUUGCACUGCUAAGUCAGUUGCGGCAUCCAAACAUAGUCCAGUAUUAUGGGUCUGAAACGGUAGAUGACAAACUUUAUAUUUACUUGGAGUACGUUUCUGGCGGGUCAAUCUAUAAAUUGCUUCAAGAAUACGGACAAUUAGGUGAAAUUGCAAUUCGGAAUUACACUCGUCAAAUUCUUUCAGGACUUGCAUAUUUGCAUGCAAAGAACACUGUUCACAGGGACAUCAAAGGAGCAAACAUAUUGGUGGACCCUAAUGGACAGAUAAAACUGGCAGAUUUUGGGAUGGCAAAGCAUAUAACUGGGCAGACUCUUCCAUUUUCUUUUAAAGGAAGUCCUUAUUGGAUGGCACCUGAAGUUAUAAAGAAUUCAGAUGGUUGUAAUCUUGCUGUUGAUAUAUGGAGUCUGGGAUGCACUGUUUUGGAGAUGGCAACAGCAAAACCUCCUUGGGGCCAGUAUGAAGGGGUUGCUGCUAUGUUUAAGAUUGGGAACAGCAAAGAACUUCCUACAAUUCCAGAUCAUCUAUCAGAAGAAGGGAAAGAUUUUGUCAAGCUUUGUUUGCAAAGGGAUCCACUUGAUCGUCCUUCGGCUAAUCAACUUCUAGAUCACCCAUUUGUUAAAAGUGCUUCGUUGGAAAGAUUCAUUCUGAAUGCUGAUCCUUCAGAAUCCCCAUCUUCUGUUAUAAAUGCAAUGAGAUCUCUGGCCAUUGGAUCGUCUAAACAUAAUGUAUGUUUAGACUUGGAAACAGCUGGUAUCCCUGGUAUCCCUCCGACUAGAAGCUUCAGAGUUGGUUAUGGACCAAGUAAUGCUCAUAAACCACCAAGGAUCGUCUCAUGUCCCGUUUCUCCAUCUUUGGGGCUACGUUUUCCUUCAAGAUCAACGAAUUCGAGUGGAAUGAUAUCUCCCUCUCAAACAUCUAGUUCUCGUAAUGCAUCUGGCCCAUCUACUCCGCAAACCUGUAGAAGUGGGACAAUCCCAUAUCAUCAAACAAAGCAACCUAUAUUCCCACAAGAAGCUCUGGGUAUGAUUCCAAAGUCACCUAAUGGUUUUUGGUCAAAUGGAAGCACUGCUUAUCAAGGUCCAAAGCAUGGUCAGAUUCAGAGAAAAACUCCAGAUAGACAUGCUUGUCGGCGGGAUAUAAUUUCACAUGAAAAUGAUUCUCUUGCAAACCAUAAUAGGAGGGCCAUUGAAGGAGUCCCAAGAGAAUUUCCUAAUGGGAAGAAGUCAUGUUUGGCUGACGUUGAUUGUACGUCUCAACCACAGCGGGUGAGGGGUAAUGCGCGGCCAAAUGCAUCCCAUAGAUCAUAAGUCUAGUGCACCCGUGGUUGGUCGCACAAAUGGCUUAUGAUUAUAGCAGUAGCAUAAUAGCAACAACAACAACAAAAAUUACAAAGUAGAUUUAAUUUAAUUUAUUUAAUUAGAUUUAGGCAAAUGUACAUUACCAACUUUGCGCUGUUUUGUAUUUUCCGUUAUAGCCGCAAAGGGUAGUAGUGCCAAUACAGAUACAAAUAUGUAGUGCCAAUACAGAUACAAAUGUCCAUUGUAAAAGAUGGUUACAAACUCAAUCACAGCUGAAUAGUUGAUAACUGCAUCUUUUGAGUGAACCAAAAUUUUAAAAUAAAAACGCACAUAGUUUGUGCUCGUCAACUCUAA